UUAUCAGUUUGAUUUGGCAACAUCGCCUCAGGUGUUUUACCAACAACUGUUGCAAAAUGGCUGACGAUAAAAAAAUUGUCGCGCUAAAAUAUAAAUGUUAUGACGUCCACGAUUCAAUUCUUUCGUUCAGAUCUAAAUACUCAUGAAUUUAAUGUUCAUUUAUUUUUGGAUUACUUAUAUUAAGUGCGUAUUUGAUUAUGUGUGAAUACGAAAAUAUAGAAACAUAUGAAUAUUUAUACUAUACAAAGAACUGCUGACUAUCUAUGUUAAAGUUAAAGAAACUAUUGUGUGCAUAAUAUGACUACAUGGGUGUUCAUCGCAUUGACAUGAUUGCUGAUGAUAAAAUAAAGAAAUAUCUUAUUUUAUUGAUUUCAAUAAGUGAACAAAUUUUAAAUGAUAUUAUUGCAGCAUCAUUUAACUGUCCAUUUUUAUUUGUUCCAACAAUUACCAUUAAUCGAGAUAUUUUAAAUAAAAAUAUAUGUUGUGCGGUGCAUUCUUCAAUUAUGCGACUAAACGAAUCUAGUAUGGAUAAAUUAAUUGGUUUGAUAGAAACCUCUGUUAAAAUGCAAAUGUUCUCAACUAAUGGUCCUAGGCAAGUACUGUUAUUAACAUUGAAUCAUUUAGAUUCUGUUCGUGAAUUGGCAUGUACAAAUCAACUGAAACAAAGUUUAGAUCUUAUUCAAUACAAUUUCUAUCAAACUUUUGAAAAAAUGACAAAUGGAGAAUUGAUGAGAUUACGAUAUACUUUAUUAAACUAUCUGCAAGAUGUAAAUGUUAAAGUAACAAUAUUCAUAAGAGAAGGUUUACAGCGAUAUAAUGGAUCAUUUGUUUCAAUUGGAAAAUGGGUUAUACCAUACGGAUGUGAGGUGCCAGGUGUUAUAAGAAUAUUUGAUAAAAAUAGUACUUUAAUAGAUAUCAACACAUUCCAUCCGAUAUCAUUUUACAAAGUAGAAACUGAAAUAGGUUCAAUAAAACCUAAUUGUCCUCGAAUCACUAGUCUUGGUCUUUCAAUAUUUAACAAUAAUAAAAAUAUUAAUGAACAAUCUGAAAAAUUAGAUCCACUAUUUAAUGAACAAACUGGUCGUGAUGGGUACAAACAAGAGAUGGACCUCUUUGUAACUCAAUUAAUGGGAAAUCAAGAAAGAAAAAAUAAAGAAAGUAAUAGUUUGGAUCUAGAAAUAUUUGAAACAUCGUUUAACAAUGAAAAGAAAAAAUUAGAGAUAAAGUUACCGGAAUACAAUAUUUUAAAUUUUAGUCAAAAUACAAAUAAUAUAUCUUUGCAAAACUUGAAAAUAGAAAUGGAUAAUUCUGUUUUAAGAGAAACAGAUAAUAUAUUAAAUAUGAUGGAAUUAUUAGAUAUAGAAUAAAUAACAUAUUAAAAUGUUAAUC